AUGUCGUCGUUAACCCCUUUUGGUACUUCGAAAGAUUCGAAUACAACUGUACCUGAAUUCAGCACGGAACGUGUGGGGUCAGAUGGGGGUAAGAAAGAGACAGAGGAGAUAGAAAGCAGAAAUGGAUCGGGUCAAGAAGAUGAAGGUCGUUGGGUGGUGUUGAGAGGGAGGGGUUGCCGUCCCCCACUUCGAACCCCGCAGUGCGGAAACUAA